AGGGUUUUAUGCUGUAGAGCUACCUUCGCAGAACUGCAGCUACGAACUACGCCGCGGCAUAUGAACUAGAAGAAAAUUGUGUUUCAGAAAUGGGGGAGAUUUGGUGGUCCCUUUUGGGGGCUGCGAUCCCUGUUGUUGUUGCAGGACAAGCUUUUAGGGUUAAGAAAAGGCGUGCGGAAGAGCAGAGGUUGAAGAGCGCAAGAGGUAGGGAAAGGAGUUCCGACGAAAUCUUUGUGUGUGAAAGGGUUUGCACAUCCAAGAGAAUGCUCAAAAAGGUUGGUUCUUUCUCCAAAGAUCCAAUUCCUGAUACCUGUGUCACUGUGUGUGGUGUUUCUGAUCUUGAUGCGUGUGCUGAUGCGUGUGCACGCACUGUUUGUGUUAACCAACACCAAGUUCCUAAUUGGAAUGACAUAUGCCUUAGGAGGUGUCAGAGUGAAUGCCUCAAACUCUCUUCACAAUCCUCGUAGCAGUUGGAUUUGUUCACGUGUGUGUAUACUGAAUUUUGGAUUGAUGGUUAAGUGCUUUUUGUUUCGUCAUUUUAACGAAUUUUACAGAAAAUUCUAUGGAAAUGCAGUUGGGUUUUUUAUUCAAUUAGGUUCUAGUUCAUUUAUUUAAAUAGAAUUUAAAUGCUUCUUUCUUUUCCUGCCUUAUUGGGGCAUGACAUUUGGAAGCUUUGUGGAGGAUG